AUCAACCAUAAAAAAAAAAAUUUUAGACAUCCACCCUACAUAUCAUUUGUGUUGAAUAAAAAUGUUAAUACUAAAUAAAUGUGGGUAGAUUAAAAAUAACUUUCAUUAUUAACUCACUUGCCGCGGUGUUUCGCCAGUUACUUUAAUCACAACCCAAAAGAAUGGACAACAGAUCGGUACAGAAUGACGAACAUUUUCUAGAAAGAUCUAAAUCGUUGAGUUCCUUGGACGAGACGAAGGAGAACACUUCUCCGAGCUGUAAAAAUUAUGGACGCCGAAUAAGUGAUUCUUCCGUGGAGAUAUAUAUCAUAAAUGACUACGAGUCGGAUAGCUCAUUGGGAGAUCGGUGUAAACAUAUGCAGGACAGCGGUAUCGGGGAGAAAUUGGCGUUCCACAAUGACAGGUAUACAAUUCUGGAGAAGAAACUUGAGCGCUUGAAUGAUUUGUUUCAGAAACAAUGCAGCUUACUGAACGCUAUACAGGAGGGCAUUCGGGACUUGAUGUCCGCUAUUGAAAAGUCUGGACAAUUGAACAACCAGUUUGCAAUAGAUAUAACAAAUAAAUUUUUUAAUCAAAGCAAGCUAAUAGAACAAGCAAAUAUCCAGAGAUCGGACGGCAUUGAAGAGAACACAAAUAUUCGGGCAAAGAGUCUCCUCGACGCUAUAGAGUUCAAGCAAGGGCAUUCCCUGGACCGCGAGAUAAGGGACGCCAUGACCCGAUUCCUUCAGAGUGAUGAUUUAAAGGAGAGGAUAUUGGCGGCGACUGCAAACUCCGUAAAAGCGGUCAUAGAGAGUUGCAUCACGAACGACAUGUCGACACUGUACCUGCCGGUGCUGGAGAGGUCGCAUCGGCGGCUCGUCGCGCACGUCACCAAUCUUGUUGAGGGGGCCUUCGCUGAGAUAGAAGAAAAUACGGGCUCGUUGACGAAACACGCGCAUAAGACAUGGCGGGCGCUGCGCCGCGCACUUGAUCAGCACCAACAUCUGCUGAGGCAUCAUACGAACCGAGAAAACCUUCUUGACACUCUACAGCACACUGUCGAAGAAUUAUUCAAAAACGAAUUAAAGGAAUGGCGCCAAAAAGUUCUGGAUGUAAUAUCGACAAAUGCAUCUGAUUGCGUCUUGAACGAAGAGAAGCCGCCCACCCCGCCCCUGGAGUGUGCACUCACAAGCCUGCCGCAGCCAGCUGACCCUGAGCUGUCUAUUAUUGACCAACUGAUGCAGUCAGCAGAAAUUACAAAACUAAUAGAAGAUGGAGACGUCAACGGCUCAUUUGAGAAGGCGCUGUCUGCGUCGGACUUGUCGUUAGUGAUGGUCGCGUGCCGCGCAGCUGACCCGGUGAAAGUGUUCGCAACACCCUGCAAACUCAAACAGUCGGUGCUGCUGUCGUUGAUGCAGCAGCUAGCUACCGACAUGGUACACGAUACACAGUUGAAGUGCAGAUAUCUGGAAGACGCAAUUAUUCAUUUGAAUACUGCAGACCCAGCUACCAGAGCUUAUUUGCCGCUAGUCGUGGGUGAAGUGCGCAGGCAUCUUAAGAAGUUCCUUAAAUCCUAUCCGAGUCAUCUAGCUAGCCGAAGAGUAACAUUAAUUAUAAUGGCUUCAGACAAUUUAUUGCAAUGAUUUAAA